AUGCUGCCGAGACGGGUUGCCGUAGGUCGUGUGAAGAUCCAUGGCAGCUGCAGCUCCUGGGGCCGCUGCUGUCUUUCCGAGGCGCCCCCGGAACGAUGGCGCCCAGUGCCCGUGUCGAACUGGAACGCUUCGAGUUGGCCUCGGCACAGCCGGCGCGUUGCAAAUGCCUCGACUACGCUGCGAGCAAACUCUCAGACUAAGGCCCUGACCGCCGAACUGUUGGUCGAAGGCUCCGAUGAGACUUCGAACCUGGUGAUUGAUUCUUUGCAGGCUUUGCCGGGCUUCCAGCUCCUCGCGCGCGCAGAGGCGGAGGCGGCCCUACUCCGGGACAAGGAGGACCAAGAGAAAUUGGCCACAGGUGUGGCUGAGGCGGUGGCAAGGGGCGUGCUGGAGGAACGCCCGCAAGUAGAACCUGUUUGCCGAAUCCAGACCGAAGGCAAGUCAAUAGGCGCCAUUGCUGGUGAAAUCAGGCGCAAACUUGGAGAUGCUCCUGAGAGUGGGUGUGUACUUGUUCUGCAAGGCAGAAGCGGCACCGGAAAGAGCACCCUUGCCAAGUAUCUUCAGGCUGUCCUACCCAGGUCUGCGCGUUGGUCCAAUGGCAACGUCUUUCGUGCCCUGACACUGCUGGCUCUGCACCACUGCCAGAAAAGCCACAAAGAACUUGGGGCACAGCUGACCCAUGAGCUGCUCCAGAUGCUGAUGUCACGGCUGGAGUUUGGGAAAUUCCGGGAGGACUUUGACAUCAAAGUUAGCGGAUUGGGUAACGAUGAUGUGCUGGUCUCAGAAAUAGCCAACACGCUGCUCAAAGAGCCAGAGAUUGGACGCUUCGUCCCCACUGUGGCCGCGAAGACCCAGGGUGAGGUAGUGAACUUUGCUGCGAACGCAGCCCAGAUAAUGCAAGCAGCUGGCAUGUCCGUCCUGAUGGAGGGCCGCUCGCAGUCUCUUGACUACAUCCGGACACCGCAUCGUUUCGAGCUGAUAAUGAACGACGCAAACAUCAUUGGGGAGAGGCGGGCCGCGCAACGCGUGAUAGGAGCUGCUCGUGCCGAGUUGUUGCGCAAGCCCGAAGAGAACGCACAUUCUGCACUCGAGCUUGCGUUGCGUCGUUGCUCGAACAGCGACGGUUUCAGCCUGGACACGCCGGCGCUUAGGAGCGCCGAGCCUAGGCCCGUGGGCCUGCUCCCAACAGCACUUGAAGGUGCCAGGGGAAAGCUGGACAAGUUUGUGUCCUUGCACGGGAUAGGUCUCAGAACGGCACAGGUCUGUGCAAGCCGUCCCCUUGGAAUGUGGUUUUUGCCGACAGUUUCCUUAGAACAUGUUUUCGCGCAUGACGACUCGGUAGAUGCCACUAGACAACCGUUUCAACGACAUGCCAGCGGAGUGGCUGUGGCUCAAGGUUGGGUCCUGAUGGUUUUCCUGACUUGGCUAACAUCCUACGACUGGGCGUGGGCCUUGUGGGCCUUGUGGGGCCUAUCGAUGUACAGGGAAAUCAGAGAGAUCCGAGUGGGCAAGUGCCAAGUCGUGUCGUGCAGUUUUCUUUCGUUUUGUGUAUUGAAGUUUCUUGGAGAACACAUCCCAUGA